AAUAUCUUGCAUUUCCCAAUUGAGAACUCGCCAUAUCAGGUGGAGUUCUCCGGCGAUCGAUCGGCGUCUCUUCCAUUUUCCGAUUUUGAUAAACCUUCAUGCUUCAAUUUGACAAUAGAAUGGAUAUUAGUGGAGAAAGGAUGGAGAUGAAACAGAAGUUAGAAUGGAAUGAAGCUCAGAAGACACUGAUAAAUGUGAACCUUGUUGCUGCAGCCAAAGAACAGCUCAAGUUUCUUGCUACCGUUGAUAGAAACCGUUGGCUGUAUGAAGGCCGUGGCCUGGAUAAAGCCAUUUAUAGGUACUACUCAUGUUGGCUACCACUGUUGGCAAAACACUCUGAGUCUCCCUACUUUGACGGACCUUUGGUUGUUCCUUUGGAUUGUGAAUGGAUUUGGCAUUGUCACAGGCUCAAUCCUGUUAGAUACAAGACUGACUGUGAGAAAUUAUAUGGGAGAAUUCUUGACAACCAUGGUGUUGUAUCUUCUAUGAAUGCAAAAUCAAAACAGGAUACAGAAGAAGUGUGGAAACACUUGUAUAUAAAUGAACCUUAUGAUUUGGACACAGCAAGAGCUCUCUCAGAAGAUGUCCAUGCAAAAGCUAUACAAGCUGAAAAGUGCAGUGAUUAUGAUCUAGUAUCUGCUGUUACACGGCAAAGCCCUUUCUUUUACCAGGUGUCUAGACCACACAUAAACAACGAUCUCUAUCUUGAAGGUGCUGUUGCUCGAUACAAGGGUUUCUUACAUCUGAUCCGGAGAAACAAGGAAAGAUCGAUUAAGAGCUUCACUGUUCCAACUUAUGACAUAGACCUCAUCUGGCACACUCACCAGUUACAUCCUGCUUCUUAUUGCAAAGAUCUUGUUGACAUUAUGGGUAAGGUGUUAGAACAUGAUGACACUGACUCAGACCGAACAAAAGGGAAAAAGUUGGAUACUGGCUUUUCUCGAACUACAAAGCAGUGGGAACAAACAUAUGGUGUAAGAUAUUGGAGGGCAGGUGCAAUGUAUAGAGGCAGUUCACCAUCUCCUCUUGGGACUUCUUAUUAUCCCUCCAACCCUGCAAGCAAGAACACAGAUAUUUUCCAUGAGCACCAAAAGAUAAUGCAAUAUCCUGAGAUGGAAGCAGUAGAAGUUAUGUUAGAGUUCGUAAAUAUCAGAAACUUACCAGAAGGACACAAGGGAAGCUUCUUUGUCUCAUUUAGCAAGACUCAGCCUGAUAGAAUCUUCAAUGCAACGAGAAAACUUACUAUUUUGUCCGUCACUGGGGAAAAACAGGUUGCAUAUUUCCAGUGUGAACCUAAUGGUCACCUUCUUUUUGAUCUCAUGUCCUGCUCAUCGUCUGGUUUGCCUAUUCCAAAAUCUGUUAAAUCUAUGGGUUCCGCUAAAGUCUCUUUAGAGGAUUUAGUAUGCCCGACUUCAAAACUUACAAUGGAAAAGUGGUUGGAAGUUGUGCCAAGCUCUAAAAUGGAAACCGUAAAGCCAAUCUGUUUACAAGUGGCUGUCUCAGUUACAACACCUACUGCAGCACCAUAUGUCUUUCACUUUGUUCAUCCUCGAGCAUUCUCCAAAAAUUCUUGCUUAUUCCCACUUCCUGGAAGGAUUCAGCAUGCUAAGAAUUGGACUCAUGUCAUUGAUGAUGCUGGUGAGGAGGUCAUUAGCCUUCAAAUGAGGGACUCGAAGGAAUCCAAGGGGAAAAAUGAUUCUACGUUGCACAAAGAGGUGGUUGGCAUCAGCAAGUCCGGCAAGGUACAUUCUCUUGCUGAGUUAGUAGGGAAAGAGUGGUUGCUGUUAGAUGCUCAGUGGUCUCUUCAACUUCAAACAUCCAGCAGCGGUGAUGGCUACCUUUUUGAGUUGGCUGGUCACAGGAAUGUAAAGUUCUUCCGUGGUCAGAGGCUGGAGUAUGAGCACAAGCAUUGCACAAAGCAAAGAAGUCAAGAUGAUUUUAUGACAGCGGUAGAAUUCUCUGCAGAGGACCCUUAUGGAAAGGCAGUGGCAUUGGUUGACUUGAAGUUUGGAGUUAUCAAUAUGAAAGAGGAGUGGUUUCUUUUGCCUGGUUCUAUAACAGCUUUUGUACUUUGUGAUACGUUGAAGAAGGAAGGGUACAGUAGCCUGGUAGGAAGUGCCAAACAUUCGAAAGAGAAGGAUUUUUCCAGUCAAGAAACUGACGUGUGCCAUGAAGAGGACGACAGAGCUAAUCUGGAAUCUGAGACAGAGAAGGGGGUGAAGUUGGACCUGGAGGCCACCAAAGGAAACAUUGUAGCACCGGAAAACGGAGCGAUCACUGGAGGCUGUGGUAGUGGUUGCGAUAAUCUUAUGAGGAGUGGAGCCUGUGGCAGUUGUGGUGCUGUUUGUGGAAACAAAUUAGAGAGUGGUGGUUGUGGUGCGUGCGGUAGUGGUGUCUGUGGGGGAGAUCGUGGAACUAUGUUAGAAAGCAGUGGUUGUGGUGGCUGUGGCAGCGGCUGUGGUGGUGGUGGUGGUUGUGGAAGUAUGUUAGAAAGCAGCAGCUGUGGAAGCUGUGGUGGCAGCGGUUGUGGAAGUAUGUUGAAAAGCAGUGGUUGUGGAGGCUGUGGUGGCAGCGGAGGCUGUGGUGGUAGUGGUGGUUGUGGAAGUAUGUUAGAAAGCGGCGGCUGUGGAGGAUGUGGUGGUAGUGGUGGUGGUGGAAGUAUGUUAGAAAGCGGCAGCUGUGGAAGCUGUGGUGGUGGUGGUGGUUGUGGAAGUAUGUUGAAAAGCAGUGGUUGUGGAGGCUGUGGUGGCAGCGGAGGCUGUGGUGGUGGUGGUGGCUGUGGAAGUAGGAUAGAAAGCGGCGGCUGUGGAGGUUGUGGUGGCAGCGGUUGUGGUGGUAGUGGUGGUUGUGGAAGUAGGUUGAAAAGCAGUGGUUGUGGAGGCUGUGGUGGUGGUUGUGGAAGUAAUAGUUUGAAAAGCAGUGGUUGUGGUGGCUGUGGUGGCGGUGGAUGUAGUAAUGGUUUGGCAUCUGUGAAAACUGUUGAAGUUGAUGCAUAAAUGACAUCCCAAAGGAGGCUAAUAAUAAAAGUUAAUGAAGUCCUCAUCACUUUCAUGCUUUUUAUGUUUGUUGAAUCCUUACCAGAUUACUACACACUAAGCUCUUGAUGAUACUCAUGUGUCUUCUAAUCAGUACUUCAACUGUUGGAACUGUUUGUUGUAUUAUUAUGAAUGUAAAAAGGAAAUAAUGUGUCAUCAGGUUGUAUUAUAUGUUGUUCUAGUGACUGGUUUGUCUGUUUGUUUGCGUAAAAUACAAUUACAGAAUAAUGCAAAGGAGUGCCGUUUGCCCAUCA